AACAUUGGCGCGUUUAACGCUACUCGUCUACUCGUUACGGUCAAAGAAUUCGCCAUUACUCGUAGUGCACACACAUGUGCGAGACGCGUUCGGUCAAUCCUAAUCAGCCUAAUGGAAAACGGAAAGGGUUAAUUAUGCAAACAACCCUUAUUAUCAAUUAAAUUUGAACACAUAGAGUUAUUAAGAAAUCAGAAAACAAAUAUAAAAAAAAAAAACAACUAAACGUAGAUUUGAGUGGAUGUGUAACGUCUCACAUGGGAAAAGUUAGUUGUAUGUUGCAUUGUGUUGAGCAGCAUUUUUUUUUUUUUUUUUUAACAAUUUGGUUGUUAUUGUCUUGUUAACUGAGAUUUGUGGUUAACUUACAGACAUUUAUCUGUCCGUCUGCCUUCGUGCAGACGCCAAUUAUUUGUCUCGUUGUUACAAAACGUCAAAUGCGAUCUUUAUGAGCUUUUGAAAGCGUGACUAACUUGUGAUUUAUGGUGGCGUGUGGUUUUUUUAAUAUACAUAUACUUCCUUCGUACCAUCAUUAUCAUCAUCAUCGUCAUCAUCAUCACCAUCAUCAUCACCAUCACCAUCGCCUUCUCGCAAUAAGACAAGCAUCCUCAACGGCAGCAGCGGCGACAGCAACAGCAACAGCUCCAGUAAACAGCCUCUUUAGCCAGUCAUUGAGUUGGCAUCAAUUUGUGUUCAAUUGUAUUGGUUUGUGGCUUUUGCGUAGGUGAGUCGAAGCGCAUGUUAUAAGAAAUUAUAAUCAAUCUGAAACCACAACGAGACGCCGAGACACAAACAGCACAUUUGAUAUCCUGCUGAGUUCUCAUUUCAUUAUGGAUUCCUUAGGUUUAAGCUCAGUUAAUAAUACCAUGCCAGACUAUGUUUCAAACGCACCCACUCCAACGGUUACAUCUAACAAUAGAAAGGUUAACACCGGUGAUAGCCCAACUUAUAUUAAUAGUAACAUUUUGUCCGACGAUGUUAGCCAGCAUUCCACACAGCAAACCGUUAGUGAGAUUAUAAGUAAUCCAGCUUUAUUGGAAGUGAUAGUAAAUGCUGCAGCCGUACAAUCAUCAUCAUCGUCCAAUCACAGCACUACCACAACGAUAAAAGAUGUUACUACUUCCGGUAAAACAGUCAUUAAAAAUUGCAACACUUCUAGCACCACUACGACAACCAAUGAUUUGGCAGCUGCUGCAGCCGUGGUGUUAUCACUGCAAGGUACAAUGGUAAGCAGUCUACAGCAGGCGGCGUUACUUCCCGUCAAUUCGCCAGCUGCGACGGCUUUGAACUUACAAGCAUUGGAAUCAUAUUUGGCAUUGCAGCGCAUCACUGGUAAACCCGAUGUCUUUCGCUUCAGCACGGUUGGGAAUGGCUCCAAUAACAUCAGCAAUUCGAUUACCAGCAAUUCCUCCAUUACUACGGUAUCGAAUUCAAAUUGCUCUCUCAAGGACACAUCAGUUUCGAAAACAAAAAUUAAGCUAUGUACUCGAGACGAUCUGGACUACGACGAGAAACUAGUAAAGUUGCCUUCUGCACAAAAUCUAUUGUCUUCUUUGCAUUCCUCUACUGAUCUCACAGAUUGUGACAUAACUUUACUCUCAACGAAUGAUGAGUCAUUGAAUUUUGAAACCUCUGAACUGGAAACAAAUUUUCUCUUUAAUACGACACUAAUGAGCAACAUCUCGCAACAAAGCACCAAUCAGCAGCAGCAGCAGCAGCAGCAGCAACAACAACAACAACAACAACAACAACAACAAACACAACAAUCUAAUUCAAGCCAACAGGACUUGGAACAAAUGUCCGCUUUGCAAGCCACCAUGUUUCAGGAUAAACUGAAUUCUUUAGCUUCAACCGAAUGUUCCGGCGUCUCCAGCUCCACCAAUAAUAAUAUAACCGAAGCAUCUAUUUGCCCGAACGCUAACAACCAACCGGCGGUGGCGCUAGCAAAUGCUCAACGUUCGAAGAAACAAUUCAUUUGUAAAUUUUGUAAUCGUCAGUUCACGAAAUCCUACAAUUUGUUGAUACAUGAACGCACCCAUACCGACGAGCGUCCAUAUUCAUGUGAUAUUUGUGGCAAAGCAUUUCGCCGUCAAGAUCAUUUGAGGGAUCAUAGAUAUAUUCACUCAAAGGAGAAACCUUUCAAAUGUGCCGAAUGCGGUAAAGGAUUUUGCCAAUCGCGGACUUUAGCUGUGCACAAGAUACUUCAUAUGGAGGAAUCCCCGCACAAGUGUCCCGUUUGCAAUCGUUCCUUUAAUCAGAGAUCGAAUCUGAAAACCCACCUCCUAACACAUACCGACAUAAAACCCUAUAAUUGUACGGCCUGCGGUAAAGUGUUUCGGCGUAAUUGCGAUUUACGUCGGCAUAGUUUGACUCACAAUUUAAACCCAAGCUCCGGAACAACAAUUGGCGAUUCCUUGGUAUCGCUUACGUCAUCUGUUACUGAUCUGCUCGGUAGCUCGAACACUGGCCUUACGCAAGCCAAAGUGUCACUGACUGAAUCAACAACGGUAUUACUUACGACAACGUGUCCCUCAUCAGGCGGCGGAACGAAAAGCUCUACCUUGGACUUAAUUGCUGUUAAUGACUAAAUCAUAGAACACGUACGCACGUUUUCUUCAUCAUGCUUUUCUUUAUCUUUUUCACCCUCUCUCUUUCAUCUUCUAUCUCCUUUACGCUUGUAUCAUGUUAAAAGCUUCUAAUAUUCAAUAUCAAAUCGUGUAAAUUCUCUCCUUUUCUCAACAUUUUUGACGACUCAACUCAAAGCAAAAAACAUAAUCGCCGCCACCAUUAAAUAGAACUCAUUUUCAUUUACAUAUAUAUACAUCUGUCUACUUGUCUUCCAUUAAAUCACAUUUAGUUUUAAAGACUUUUAAUGUUAUUUGUAGGUAAUAAAAAUAUAUUUAGAUAUCUGUCUUU